AUGGCAGAAACAAAUGGUCUUUCGCUUUGGAUUUUGUGCCUUAUCCUACAGCUUGUGCUUUCUAGUGCAUCAACCCCAACACCAUGUCCUAAGGUGGUGGACCACAAAUAUUUCAACUGUAGCCAUCAUUCAUUGGAAGAAGUACCAAAGGGGCUACCUUCAACUUUAGAAGUUAUUGUUCUCUCUCACAACCGUAUAAGAAAGCUUGAUGACGACUCCUUUCAAGGACUACAUAACUUAGUACAAAUUGAUGUUUCCUACAACUCCAUAUCCAAGAUCUCGACUGCUGCUUUCAAUCAUUUAACCAAGCUGGAGACUCUCAUCCUGAGGAAAAACCAACUACAUGAAGCAGAAUCCGCCUACCGCAACAAACCUAUUCUAAGUUUCCACCCGCAAGAUCUUAACUGUGACCAUAAAAUUCCUUUAUAUAUUUGGAUAGUUAUCGGAACAGGUUUGAUAUUAACUAUUAUAAUUACAAUUGCAAUUGUUAAAAAGAGAUACUAUAUAAAGUAUUUGUAUUAUGUUGUCAGAGCGCAUACAAAAGGCUACCAACCACUUGACAAUGAGGAUAAUAAUUAUGUGUAUGAUGCAUUUGUGUCCCAUAGUAGUGAGGAUGAAAAAUGGGUUAAAGAUAUGCGUGAAAAGUUAGAAAAAGAAAAUGGGUUCAAACUCUGCUUUCAUAAAAGGGAUUUUGACAUCGGAAAACCGAUAGCAACAAAUAUCAUUGAAAGCAUUGAUGCUAGUCGUCAUACAAUUUGUGUAAUAACAGAAGCAUUUUUGGAUAGUGGCUGGUGCAAAUACGAACUACAGUUUGCGUUGUCACGGCUUUUCAAGGAACGUAAGGAGGUCAUUAUUUUGAUCUUUUUACAGAAAAUUCCUGAUCAGCUGUUGACCGAUCAAUUAAAGGUGCAUCGCCUUAUUAGAAGAUUCAUUAAAGAUAAUACGUACAUCGAGUGGCCACAUAAUCCAGAUGAAGAACUUGCAUUUUGGGAAAAAUUGAAGGAUUCUUUAAGAUAA